AGAGGGCGCACCGGUGUCAGUUUGCUCCAGCCCUCUUUGUAGCGCGGUCGGUCGGUCGCUGCUGGUUUGCGCGCAGCGGCGUCUCGGAGCAGGAAUUUUUGGGGAGUGGAAAUUCCGCUGUUACUUUAAACUGACUCGCCUCGUAUUCCUGACAUUUCUGCUGUGGCGGUCAGUCAGACGGUGCGACGAUAGAGAGAGAGAGCUGGGCUGAAAUCAGGAGUGGAGAUCUGGAGAGAAGCGCUCCGAUGUUCCCCGCGGCUGCUUUUCACUGAACACCGGUUAACUAGUGAUUUCUGUGCUUUCGUUUCCUACUUGGAAGUAUGCGUAUCGCUCCUGUCUGGUGGCAAAAGUGAGAGAUUUGAGUAAAGAAUCGAGGCGCACAGCUGCCACUUUUGGCGAACGGAAUUUUCCAACCUUUUUUUGAUUCUCGUGUUCUGCGUUUGGAUUAUUUUUUUUUUUUUUUGCUUUUCGAGGAGAUGGCAAGUUGCUCCCUGACAGACGCAGGGCUCCGGUGCUGAAGCUCACAGGAUGCUGGGGACCCUACAACAACCACAUCUCCUACUUUGAGACAGAUUUUGCUUAUUUUUUCCUCCUCUCUGGACGUAAACUCCUCGGACGUUUGUUCCCCUCCCCUCCGUUUGUCUUCAUUUUCUUUCUUUUUAAAAUUUCUACAGAAUGUCUUUGUUGUACUGUCUAAUAAGGAUGCGUAGUGGAUUGCUAUUGUUCCUUUUCACCCAAGUCGUCUUGGUUUCUUCGUUGACUCAGACUGAUAAAUGCGGAGGGAAUAUAGAGAUCCACGCCGCGGACUACCUGACCUCCCCGGGCUAUCCCGGCGCCUACCCGCCCUCCCAGCAGUGCGUCUGGGUGAUCACCGCCCCUGAACCGGGUCAGAAGAUCCUCAUCAACUUCAAUCCGCAUUUUGAUCUGGAGGACAGAGACUGCAAGUACGACUACGUGGAGGUUUACAACGGCGGCGACGAGUCUUCGCCCAUGUUGGGGAAGUUUUGCGGCAAAAUCGCACCGUCUCCGAUCAUCUCCAGCGGCAGCCAGCUGCUCAUCAAGUUCGUGUCCGACUACGAGACCCACGGAGCCGGAUUCUCCGUCCGCUACGAGGUCUUCAAGACAGGUCCAGAAUGUUCCAGGAACUUCACACUCCCCAGAGGAGUCAUCAAGACGCCGGGCUUCCCAGAGAAGUACCCCAACAACCUGGACUGCACCUUCAUGAUCUUCGCCCCCAAGAUGUCGGAGAUCGUGGUGGAGUUCGACAGCUUCGACAUGGAACCCGACACCACGCCGCCGCCGGGGGCCCUCUGCCGAUACGACUGGCUGGAGAUCUGGGACGGAUUCCCUGCAGUCGGGCCUCACAUCGGCAGAUAUUGCGGUCAGACGUCUCCGGGUCGAGUCGUCUCCUACACCGGCAUCCUGUCCAUGACUAUCACCACCGACAACGCCAUCGCCAGGGAGGGAUUCUCUGCCAACUACACGAUCCGAGAGAGGAGCCUCCCGCCUGGACACGAGGAUGAGGAUUUUGCCUGUAUGGAGCCACUGGGGAUGGAGUUGGGGGAAAUUUCCUCGGAGCAGAUCAGCGCCUCCUCCCAGUAUAAUUCCAACUGGUCACCUGAACGCUCGCGUCUCAACUAUGGGGAAAACGGCUGGACGCCUUCAGACGACACCAUCAGGGAGUGGAUACAGGUGGACUUAGGCUUUCUCCGGUUCGUCACAGCCGUUGGGACUCAGGGGGCGAUCUCAAAAGAAACCAGGAAGCACUACUACGUCCGCUCGUACAAAGUGGACCUGAGCUCCAAUGGGGAGGACUGGGUGACCGUGAAGGAGGGCUCCAAGCAGAAGAUCUUUCAGGGGAACCACAACCCAACGGACGAAGUUCGAGCCUUCCUCCCCAAACAGACUCUGGCUCGCUACAUUCGUAUCCGCCCCAUGAGCUGGGAACAGGGAAUCUGCAUGCGCUUCGAGAUCUAUGGCUGCAGGACGUCAGACUAUCGGUGUUCAGGGAUGUUGGGGAUGGUGUCCGGCCAGAUCUCAGACGCCCAAAUCAGCGCUUCGUCCUACGCCGACCGAGGCUGGGUGGCCGAGAAUGCCCGAUUGUUGACGGGGAGGUCAGGCUGGACCGGACAGCAGACCAAGCAGCCCUUCAAAAAUGAAUGGCUACAGGUGGAUCUGGGCCAGGACAAGAUGGUGAGCGGUGUGGUGAUCCAGGGAGGGAAACACCGCGACAGGAACGUCUUCAUGAAGAGGUUUAAGGUGGGACACAGCCUGGACGGAGAGGAGUGGACCAUUGUUAAGGAGGAGAACACUACCAGACCCAAGAUUUUCAUCGGGAAUCAGAACCAUGACACCCCAGAACUGAGAUCCACAGGUCCAUUACUGACCCGCUUCAUCAGAAUCUACCCAGAAAGAGCCACCAAUGAAGGCUUGGGCCUCCGUCUGGAGCUGCUGGGCUGUGAACUGGACGACAUAACAACUACAGCACCUCCCACCACGCCGCUUGCCUCCACGCUUCCCAUGACCACGUUUGGUGCGACCACCACGGCGCCGAUCACGCUCCCCGGCACGACUCUGACCAUCGAUUGCGAGGAAGGACAAGAGGACUGUUUCGUGGAAACCGAAGCGCCCGAUAACUACGACCUAGUGACAGCAGGAGGCACCACGGCCGCCAACCCCAUCAUGGACUUCAUACCAGCUUACUUGUGGUUCGCCUGCAACUUUGACUUCUCGUCGUUCUGCGGUUGGACCAGAGAGACGAGCACUGGAGCCGAGUGGCUCAUCGAGGCCAACGGGGCUCCAGCCGUCCACAGAGGACCAACCCUGGACCACACAGGAGGACCAGGGAACUUCAUCUACAUGCAGCUGACCGACUCGGAUCUGCCGAGUAAAACCGGCGAGGAUGAGGAGGAGGAGGAGGAGAAGGUGGCGAGGUUGGACAGCCUUCCCAUCGCCUCCCCAGACGCUGACCUGUGCAUGUCCUUCUGGUACCACAUGUUUGGUGAACACGCUGGAGCGCUGCACAUCAAGCAGCGGCGGGAGGCGGAGGAGGGCCAGAUCCUGUGGACCAUCAGCGGCCACCAGGGCAACCGGUGGAGGGAAGGCCGAGUGUUACUGCCCCACUCCAGCCUCUCUUAUCAGGUGGUGAUUGAAGGCGUCGCAGACAGGCGCAGUGCAGGUCACAUAGCUGUGGACAACAUCCAGAUCCUGGAUGGACUCAACGCUGAGGACUGUAGAGAUCCUGAAGCUCCAACGUCUCCACCGACCGAGAUCUUCAUCUUACCCAUGGACUCCCUCUCCCAGGAGACCAGCGAACUGGGCGGCCCAGGCAACAUGCUGAAGACGCUGGACCCCAUCCUCAUCACCAUCAUCGCCAUGUCAGCGCUGGGCGUCUUCCUGGGCGCCAUCUGUGGCGUGGUGCUGUACUGCGCCUGCUCACAGGGCAGCAUGACGGACAGGAACUUAUCUGCCCUGGAAAACUAUAACUUUGAGCUGGUGGACGGCGUGAAGCUAAAGAAGGACAAGAUGAACGGACAGACUAACUACUCAGAGGCGUGAGUGGGACGGACGGACGGAGCUGCGAUUGCUCCGCGUGGACACGUUGAUGCAGCCAAUCAAGGGAGAGGAAACGCAGGGCUGAAGCCACCAAUGGGACGGCAGGGUGGGCUGAAAGUGAGCCGAUGUAAUUUUAUUUCUCAGGAGCGGCAGUGGAAGUGGACUGACCUGUAGGGGGGCACUGUGUAUAAAAAGAAUCUGUACAGCAAAAAAAAAAAAAACUUACAAAAAAAGAAGAAGAAAACUAAGGAUUCUAUUUGUUUUUCGGCGUGCUUCGUUGAUUUCAUGUAAUCACAUGCUGGUGUUGAGACCAAUUCAGAUGAAAGUUUAUGUAAUUUUACGGAAAGAUAAGAUUUUGUUGUCGUUUUUCUUGUCUUUUUCUUUCAGACGCUGCGGUGAAGUCUGCUAUUCUGAUAUCCGGCUCUUUAUUUGGCCUUGUGAGAGUGUAUGAAAGUGUGUGUACAUGUGUCACGCUCAUAUACAUCUGCAUUUAAGGUGUGUAUGUCCGGCUGGUGUGUGCAUGUGUGUGUGUGCAUGUGUGUGUGUGUGUGUGUGUGUGUGUGUGUGUGUGUGUGUGUGUGUGUGUGUGUGUGUGUGUGUGUGUGUUUCACUCAUGUUUAUCUGUACACAUGAAGCGUGUGUGAAGCAGGUAGCGACCCGUUGACCUGCGUCUAGUUCCGACAGUGCCUUUUUUUUCCUCCAAUUUUUCUGUUGCCUUGUUUUCUGCUGGUUGUUUUUCCCAUCGGCUGGCGUUCCGUCCGGGGUUCCUACACAGGAAACAUUCACUUUUCCAGGCUGCGGUGAUAAAAUCUUUAGUGUUGUAGCGUGCUGUCACAUAUCACACGUGUUAGUGUAGAUCUGUAGAUCCUCAUGCCUUCAUGACAGUCGUACUGACACGAGCUAAACUGUUGAAACCCAAGCUCAGAUUCUGGAAUCGUGUGGGAUCUCCUGAAGCGUGUAGGGGCCCUGAACGCCUCAUUCUUCAUGGCACAUGACACAUCCAACAUAUUGUACAUAGGUUUUAAUAUAUUUGAGCGCCCUUUUCUAUAGAAAAAUGACACCAGUGCCGCAGUAUCCUUUCCAAGUUGGAAUCAAACUCACCCUUAAUCUCUAAAUUUUGAAAAUGUACAGAAAAGCAGAGUUGUUUCUGUUAUGAAUCUGCUCUGGUUGCCGUCUUGGGAGUUUUGUUUGGUUUUGGUUUGGAGGGUUUUUCUGGUACAGGGUAAAAAGGACAACCUCAGCACCAGGAAGAUGAAUCGAGGAUGGAUCAUUGGGGUUGUUUUCUGACACCAGUAGACUGUUAAACCUUUAACCAGAGGUGUCCGGCGGUCUGGGAGCCACAAGAAGGACUUGCAAGUGUCUCUCAGCAUCAGGAUGAGGAGGUUUCUGAAUGCCCACUGUCUCGAAGAAUUCAUGUUUGCCGUGACUUUGCUGUUCUCUGUCAGGAUGUGCUCUCUGGAGCUAAAUAAAAUCAGAAACACUGAUCAUAUUUCACAGUUCUUGCUCCAUACGUCCCUUCGCCUAGAGCUACGGUGGCCUGGAAGUCACAUUAAAGUUUCACAAGCUGAUCAGAGCAGAGACCAAAGGGUUAUUUACUUUGUUUUGAUUGUCGAAAGCUGGUGAAAAUUAGAUUUAAAAUAUUAAUUUGCAGCACAAGCAUGUUGUUUUUGUGGAAUCCUGCUCCUCAUUUCGCAUUUUAUCCCCUUUUUCCUCAUCACUUUUUUGUUGCCAGGAGCCUUUCCUUACAAAAAUGACCUUAUUUACUGUAAUCUGGAGUUGGUCUUUUACUAGGAGACAACUUUUGAAUCUGUGAAAAGCGAACUUUGCAUAGUUUUUCUAUCUAAAAUUGCAAGAGCAACAAGUCUUGUGUUAAUAAUACUGCUUUGUUGUGUUUUAGCUUUUGCAGCUACACAUGUUGUGAUACUGGUCACUCGUUGAUAGCGCAAUAUAGAUGAAAAGAUUGAGAUUUGAAAGCCAGAAAUGUCACCUAUCAUCAAACCAGUUAACCUCCAACAGAUGUUAUAUGUUCAAAAAUUCUUACUAAAUGCAGAUAUAGAACCUACAAUAAUCAAAAAGCCAUUAAACGAAUAUGACAGACUGAUGUAGUUCCACUUAUCUGCUAUUUUACUGCACAAAUUUGCCCAUUUUUAAUGUAGCAUUACGUGGCAUCACACCUGAGCAUUAAUUCUUUCCAUUAAGAUGAGGCUUUCAAAACAACAACAAAAGAAAGAAAUCCACUCUAUCAUUCGACUCAACUUAAAUCAAAUCAUUAGCUUGUUUCUUAGUGAACGAUUCCAAUCAAAUGAAUCCGCUCAGACUGUUGAGAUGCUCAUAAUUUGCUCUUAUAAAAGCCGACUUGUAGGUUUUUGUUGCUAAAAAUGCAAACAGCAAAAUAACCAGACAAGAUCGCGGGUUUCCAAAUUAACCUUCAGCCCGGCAAGAAUGUGUUUGUAAUGUUUCAGCCGAUUAAGCUCGAGAAAGGAUGCUGCAGCACUCGACGUGAAAACAAAUGUUGCACUGAUAUAUUUAAAAAAAAUCUAUGUGUUUAUGAUGUUGAUUUAUGAAAAGAGAGGAAGGAGAGGACAGUGUUAUUGUUGCUUCUUUUUAACACGGUUUCAGAUGACAUGCUUAUAAUUCUGAAAUGUACAAUUUACAGAGAUGUUUUUCAUUCUCGAAAAAGCUUAUAUGCGUCUCUUUGAAGCGUAACAGUUUUAUUUACUUGGUAUAAUAUCACCUUGUGUUUUUGUACUGUCACUGAUGUACGUGCCAUUGUUUUAUUAUUUUUCUUUUCUUUGUAUGGCAAGAAAAAUGUUUUAUUUUCAGAAGAGUUUCUGUAAUUUUUGCCGUCUCGAAUCCAGAAAAAAAAACAUGAAAAGAAAGGAAAGAAGGAAGUAAAAUAAAUUGGAAAGCAGUGAGGCCUUAUGUGACUAAAAGUAUUGUUUGUACUUUGACUUUCUGGUCAGCGCCCAGACUCAUCCGUCUCUGUUGUCUCAGACUCUCAUCAUUGACUAUUACAUUCCAAAGAAUUGGAUCAAAUAAAUGUUUUACGUAAAA